GGCCGGGCGGCGGCAGGAGGAAGCGGCGCGAUGCGGCCGGCGGCGGCGGCGGGGGACGCGGGGCUGGGGCCGGCAGCGGAGGUCGGCGGCGGCGGCCGGCUGGUGCCGCCGCUGCUGCUGCUGCUGGUGCCGCUGGCGCUGCUGGCCGCGCUGGUGGUGCGGCAGCUGCUGAAGCAGCGGCGGCCGCCCGGCUUCCCGCCCGGCGCCGCGGGCCUGCCCCUCUUCCGCAACCUCCACGUCGGGGGCGCGUCGCAGCGGCAUAUCUACAUGCCGUGGCAGCGCCACAUCCACGGGCAGAUUUUCAGUCUUGAUCUGGGUGGUAUAUCUGCUAUUGUACUGAAUGGCUACGAUGCAGUAAAAGAAUGCCUUGUUCAUCAAAGCGAAAUUUUUGCAGAUAGACCGUCUCUUCCCUUGUUUAAGAAGUUGACAAACAUGGGAGGCUUACUGAACAGUAAAUACGGCAGAGGAUGGACAGAACAUCGCAAAUUAGCUGUAAAUACCUUUCGAAUUUUUGGAUAUGGUCAAAGGUCCUUUGAACGCAAGAUUUCUGAAGAAUCUGUGUUUUUUCUUGAUGCCAUUGAUACAUACAAAGGCAGACCAUUUGAUCUUAAGCAUUUGAUAACAAAUGCCGUUUCAAACAUUACUAAUCUGAUUAUUUUUGGAGAACGUUUUACAUAUGAAGAUACUGAAUUUCAGCACAUGAUUGAGAUUUUUAGCGAAAAUAUUGAAUUAGCUGCUAGCGCUUCUGUGUUUUUAUAUAAUGCUUUUCCGUGGAUUGGUAUCUUGCCAUUUGGGAAACACCAGCAGCUGUUUAAAAAUGCAGCUGAAGUCUAUGACUUUCUUCAUGAGCUUAUUGAACGUGUCUCUGAAAACAGGAAGCCUCAGUCACCUCGACAUUUUGUAGAUGCAUAUUUAGAUGAGAUGGACUGCAAUGAAAACGAUCCAGAAUCUACAUAUUCAAGAGAAAACUUAAUUUUCUCUGUUGGAGAACUCAUCAUAGCUGGGACAGAAACCACCACAAAUGUUUUAAGAUGGGCAGUGUUAUUUAUGGCUCUUUAUCCAAACAUUCAAGGGCAAGUUCAAAAAGAGAUCGAUUUAGUCAUCGGCCCAAACAAAAUGCCUUCUUUAGAAGAGAAAUGUAAAAUGCCAUACACUGAGGCUGUUCUACAUGAAGUUCUAAGAUUCUGUAACAUAGUUCCGCUAGGUAUUUUUCACGCAACUUCUAAAGAUACUGUCGUGCGUGGUUACUCUAUUCCUGAAGGCACUACAGUCAUUACAAACCUCUACUCUGUACAUUUUGAUGAAAAAUACUGGAGCAACCCAGAAGUGUUUUUUCCCGAGAGGUUUUUGGACAGCAGUGGGCAGUUUGUCAAGAAAGAUGCAUUUGUUCCUUUUUCACUAGGAAGAAGACAUUGUCUUGGAGAACAGCUAGCUCGAAUGGAAAUGUUUUUGUUUUUUACUUCGUUACUACAACGAUUUCAUCUGUGUUUUCCUCAUGGUGUGAUUCCUGAUCUCAAACCAAGGUUAGGCAUGACAUUACAACCACAGCCAUACCUCAUUUGUGCAGAAAGACGAUGAAGAGAAGUAUCUAGACUGUCAGGAGGAAUAAAAUGCUCCAAGUUGCAGCUGAA